AUGGACCACUUUGACCUUCUUUUUACCCAUGAACCCCCUUUACCCUUCUUUUUACCCAUGGACCAAUUUUCCUUUCUUUUUUUAACCAAGAACCCCUUGUCCCUUCUUUUUUUACCCAUGGACUCCUUUUCCCUUCUUUUUUACCCAUGGACCUCUCCCUUCUUUUUACCAAUCAAUCCCUUUUUCCUUUCCUUUUUUUUUACCCAUAGAACCCUUUUUUUUCCUUCUUUUUUACCCAUGGACCAUUCUUACAUUAUUUCUAUCCAUGGACCCCCUUGUCCCUUCUUUUUUACCCAUGGACCCCCUUGUCUCUUCUUUUUUACCCAUGGACCACUUUUCCUUUCUUUUUUAACCAAGGAACCCUUUGACAUUCUUUUUUUACACAUGGACCCCUUUUAUCUUCUUUCUUACUCAUGGAGCCCAUUUCCAUUCUUUUUUUACCCAUGGAACUCUUUUUUACCCAUAAAUCCCUUUUCCUUUCAUUUUUAUACCCAGAGACACUUUUUCCAACUUUUUUACCCAUGGAACGCUUUUCUUUUCUUUUUUUACCCAUGGACACCUUUUCCUUUCUUUUUUUUACACAUGGGCCCCUUGACCAUUAAUUUUUGCCCAUGGACCUCUUUUAUCUUCAUUUUUACCCAUGGACAUCAUUUCCAUUUCUUUUUUUUAUCUCUUUUCUCUGCUUUUUACCCUUGGACCCUUUUCCCUUCUUUUUUACCCAUGGACUUCUUGUCCCUUCAUUUUUAG